UUGUUUACUAUGUCGUUGGCUGAUCCAACAAAAACACACACCGACGAGCUUUUCCCCAUCUUGGAAUUAGAGAAGAGCAGGGGAAGCCUGUGCACAGGCGGUUUGUCCAAGAGCAGCCAGGCAUCCAACGGCAGCGUGGACUACAGCAGGUCUCGAUACUCUUGCAGAAGCCUGAAUUCUCACUAUGACUACUCAGAAGACUUUCUCUCUGAAUGUUCAGAAGCAGCCACUAACAGAAAUUAUUUAGAGCAGUCUGUGGUAAAAGAAAAGGCGAAGAAAAGGUACAAUGCUGCUAAAAUCUCCCAGCCCAAAGGCCAGAAGGAAAUCGCAGCUGAGAAAAAGCACACGUGGAAUACAUCAUUUUUUAACUCUCAAAUCAAUUUGAUUACCCAAAGAAGAGAUGCCAUGGCCCACCGAAUUCUCUCAGCACGGCUUCAUAAGAUUAAAGAGCUCAAAAAUGAGUUAGCUGACAUGCACCGCAAACUGGAAGCCAUCGUCCUCGAAAACCAAUUUCUGAAACAACUCCAGCUUAGGCACUUGAAAGCUAUAGGAAAAUAUGAGAACUCACAAAAUAAUCUCCCUCAAAUUACAGUUAAACAUCAGAAUGAAGUGAAAAAUUUAAGGCAGCUCCUCAGGAGAUCUCAGGAGAAGGAAAGAACUGUAUCUAGAAAACUCAGAGAGACCGACAGCAAGUUACUAAAGACCAAGGAUGCCCUGCAGGCCCUGCAGAGGCUUUCCGAGGACAAAAACCUUGCGGAAAGGGAAGAGCUGACUCACAGACUGUCUAUUCUUAUGGCAAAAAUGGAGGCAAAUGACAAGAAAAUACAGAGCUUAGAGAAACAGCUGAGGCUGAACAACCGAGCCUUUGGCCGGCAGCUGGCCAUCGAGAACCGGAAGACGUUAGCGGCUCAAACGGCUACAAAGACUCUGCAAGUGGAAGUGAAACGCCUGCAACAAAAGCUUAAGGAGAAGGAUCAUGAGCUUGAAAUUAAAAACAUCUAUACUAAUCGAAUACUUAAAAAUUUACAUGAAAAAGAUGAUUACCCAAAAGUUUCUUCAACAAAAUCUGUACAAGCAGACAGGAAAAAUAUAUCAUUUAUAAGUAUGAGACACCAGGAAACUCAAAAAUCAGAAGAUGUCCCAUCUUUGACAAGCAAGGGUAAAAAGCCAACAGGAAACACUGGUUAUAAAGAAAAAUCAUCUGAAACACACUAUGAAAUUCCUCACUAUAUCAGUAAAUUACCAAAGCAAGAAGAAUCUAAGAAAAAAUAUGAAGAUUUAUCAAAGGAAGAGGAACAGUUGGAAGUACAAACACCUCUUCUGGAGAAUGUUAGGAGACAAAAAGAGAAAACGGAAGAUGAAGAACAGAAGACCAUUUUACAAGAACAAGAAUUAUCACCAAAAAGAAUUCAGAUAAUUCAUCCUGAAAGAGAAAGCAGUCAGGAAGAAGACACUACACAAGAAAAGAUUAAAAGAAGUGUACAAAUAAGUGACACUGACAAGAUACCUGAUAAAUACAUUCUUCCAAAUACCAAGGUAUCCUUCAGACAAAGGAAGCACUACUCAUUCACAGAAGCCACCGAGAACUUGCAUCAGGGGCUUCCCACCUCUGGGGCGGCAGCCAGCACAGGCAGUGCCCGCUGCCAUCAUGCCAGCACCAGCAGACAUCGCAGUAACACAGAAGACAUGAAGCUCGAGCACCCUGUCAGCGGGUACGAGCCCUCAUUUGGUAAGUCCUCCAGAGCAAAAGUGGAAGACAUAGCUUUCAGAGAUAAGAAAAGCAGCCUGAUGGAGGAACUCUUUGGAUCAGGCUCUGUUCUAAAAAAUGACCAAACCAGCCCUGUUGCUAUGGAGGGCUAUGAGGACAGCCUGAAAGAUAAGACCCUGCACCACCUGCCCCCCAGUCAGGCCUCCGCCAGCAAUGCCUUUGGAGACUCGAAAGCCACCGUGGUGAAUUCUAUCAAGCCCUCUUCACCUACAGAAGGAAAAAGAAAAGUAAUUAUUUAA